AUGAGCAUUAACACAUAUUUUCUGAGACAAGAGAGACGGUCACGGAGGAAUAGCCCAGCUUCAGACGCCUCCGAAGAGCAGCAAGCUAGCAUGAUGGAGGAGAAUGCUAAUGUUGCUAACGUGUUAGAGCUAUUGAAGAAGCACGGCGGCACUCUGAAUGACCAUGAGACGCGGCUGGCUGAAACGGAGCUGAGGAUUGGAGCCCUGGAGGAUGCGGCAGACCCGAUCCAAACCAAGAUCGGGGACUUGGAAAAGACUGUGGACUUUUUAGUUGAACGUGUUGACGAGUUAGAGAACAGGGGGCGGAGGAUGAAUAUCCGAAUACUGGGGGUCCCUGAAGACGUGGAAGGGACUGAUCCGACGCGCUUUUUCGAGCACUGGCUCCCGGAGGUGCUACUUAUGCGAACGAAGAACGGACGGAUAAAACUGGAGAGAGCACACCGCACUCUCGGCCCCAAACCCUCGCCUGCACAGAGACCAAGACCAGUAGUUGCACGUUUCCACAACUACCAAGAUAAACAACGCGUGAUGAAUGCCUCCUGGGAACUUGCGAGGAAGAAUCAUGCUGUGAAACACAGAGACUCCAGGGUGAUGUUAUUCCAGGAUUAUUCUGCAACUGUGGCCCGUAGAAAGAAAGGUUACGACGCAGUGAAGAAACGGCUUCGAGCUCUUGGUGCAGAAUACAGGCUGAUGUACCCGGCUAAACUGAAGAUUAUUUUCCGUGGAUCAAACAAAGUGUUUAAUAAUCCUACUGAGGCAGAACAUUACUUGGAUUCGCUGGACGGGGGUGCUUCAGGCCGUGACGAGUGA